UCUGUUGGCUGUAUUUUGGUCCCCAAAGCACAUUUAUUUCCGAUGUUGCCUUUCCUUCGUUUUGUUGCUUUUCUUUCCUUUAUGAACUGUUUAUUACUUCAUUCUGUUUCGUAAUACUAUUAAAGUGCCUUUGUUUCCCUGAUUAUAUAUACCCUGGGCUUGAUUUCGCUUCAUUAUUGGAUGUAAGUGAAACUAAAUCUGCUUCCGCUAAUACGCAGCAUCCCCCGUGCAGUUUACACUGCAUUCAGCUCUCGGAGUGAAUCCACAACAUAAUCAGAAGCUAAGAAUCCAAAAGGGCUACCUUUGCCAGCAUUGAUUCCGUUGUCCCGGCAUCACCUCCAACCUUGCAGAAGAAACUUCACUCCCUCCAAGCACAUCUGCUGUGAAUUUAACACCACCAACACCGGGUACUAAAGCAAAAAGAUGAAGCGGUUUGUUUUUAUAAGUUUAUAUCUGCUUGCUGUGACCAGAUUAGAUGCAGCUCCCCAGAUUCCAGGUAAGACAUGUAGAACAGGUCCUCUCGAUUUGGUCUUCAUCAUUGAUAGUUCAAGAAGUGUCCGUCCUUUUGAAUUUGAGACCAUGAGGAAAUUCAUGAUUAACAUUAUCGAUGUUCUUGAUGUUGGUGUCAAUGCUACACGUGUGGGAGUCGUCCAGUACUCCAGUCAAGUUCAAAAUGUCUUCUCCCUGAAGUCGUUCUUCAAGAAACAAGAUAUUGUCAAAGCAAUUAAUGAUAUCAUUCCCUUGGCACAAGGUACCAUGACAGGACUGGCGAUUCAGCAUGCCAUGAAUGUGGCUUUUACUGUUGAGGAAGGAGCACGUCCAUUGGAUUUAAAGAUUCCCAGAGUGGCUGUUAUUGUCACUGAUGGAAGGCCUCAGGAUCGUGUUACAGAAGUUUCUGCAAGAGCACGUGAGACUGGAAUUGAGAUUUAUGCAGUUGGUGUUCAGAGAGCAGAUAUGAAUUCACUCAGAGCCAUGGCAUCACCUCCCCUGGAGAAGCAUGUUUUCUUGGUCGAAUCAUUUGAUCUUAUCCACCAGUUUGGUGUACAGUUCCAGAAAACAAUUUGUGUUGAUGUGUGCAAUGACACAGAUCAUGGUUGCCAACAUAAAUGUGUCAGCACCCCCGGUUCCUACUACUGCGAAUGUAACCCUGGUUUCAGACUCAAUGAUGAUGGCAAAACCUGCUCAGCUAUCGACCUGUGUGCAGAGAGGAAACAUGACUGUCAGCAUAUCUGUGUCGCUUCUCCUGGCUCCUACACCUGCCGUUGCCGUCCUGGUUACAUACUGAAUGAUGACAAAAAGACCUGCAGAAUGAUUGACCUGUGUGCACAGGGGAAACAUGACUGUGAACACAUCUGUGUCGCUUCUCCUGGUUCUUACACAUGCCGCUGCCGGCCUGGUUACAUACUAAAUGAUGACAAGAAAACAUGUAGAAUGAUUGACAUGUGUGCAGAAGGGAAAAAUGACUGUGAGCAAAUCUGUGUCGCUUCUCCUGGUUCCUACACAUGCCGCUGUCGGCCUGGGUACCUACUAAAUGAUGACAAGAAAACUUGCAGAAUGAUAGACUACUGCUCUUUUGGGAACCACAGUUGUCAGCAUGAAUGUGUCAACGUUCUGAAUGGUUACUACUGUCGCUGCAAUGAAGGAUUCGUACUGCAGGAAGAUGGGAAAACAUGUAAACCUGCUGACUUCUGCAACACUAUUGAUCAUGGCUGUGAGUUUCAGUGCGUCAGUACCCCGGGAUCUUACCACUGUAUAUGUCCAGAAGGUCAGCUGCUCCAGGAUGAUGGAAAGAGCUGUGGCAAGUGCAAAACUGGCCAUGUCGACUUGGUAUUUGUCAUUGAUGGCUCCAAGAGUGUUCGACCUGAAAAUUUUGAACUCGUGAAGCAGUUUGUUAAUCAGAUUAUUGACUCACUUGAUGUAUCUCUUCAUGGCACCCAUGUCGGGCUGGUUCAGUAUUCUAGCAGAGUACGUACUGAAUUCCCUCUCAAGGCAUACCACACAGUUGCAGACAUUAAGAAAGCUGUUUCACAAGUUCAGUACAUGGAAAAGGGCACUAUGACAGGACUGGCACUGAAGCAUAUGGUAGAACAAAGCUUUUCUGAUGAGGAAGGUGCCAGACAUCCAUCUAAAAACAUACCCAGGAUAGGAGUGGUCUUUACUGAUGGACGGUCACAGGACAGCAUAAGUGAAUGGGCUGCAAAAGCCAAAGAAGCAGAUAUCACCAUGUAUGCUAUUGGUGUUGGCAAAGCUGUAGAGGAGGAGCUAAAGGAAAUCGCCUCUGAGCCAGUCGAUAAGCACUUUUUCUAUUCUGCAGACUUCACUACCAUCAAUCUGAUUGCAGAUAAUCUCAAGCUACGUAUCUGUCCAGAGGAAAGCAAAGGUGAAACAGAGAUAAAGGACCCCUGUGAAUGUGAAAGUCUUGUGCAGUUCCAAACAACCACACUGGAAACAUUAGGAAAACUCACUUCUAGACUGGACCAGAUGACUGCCAGACUUGCCCAGCUGGAGAACCAGCUUGCUGAAAAGAAAUAAAUCUCCACAGAUGGCACUUAAUGAUGCUAAAGGAAUUUGACUGUGUAAUUUGUUUUUAAGGAAUUUCAAGAUAUCUAUAUAUUUAAGAGAUUCUUUUUUUAAAGGGGUCAGUGAUGUUCUAAUAAAAUGCACAAACUGUGUAAUAUUUGAUAUGACUGUGUAAAAUCUGAUUUAUGUGAAAAGAAAAAGCCCAAUGAAUAUCUUGUAUGAAGUUCCUACAUUUUGAGUGUUUCUUUUAGUAGUGUUUUAUAAAAUGGAUCCCUAUGCUAUAAUUCAAAGUCAAAUGGAAUCCACUAACACUGUUCAUCAUUUUUGGCAGCUAAAGAAGAUACAGAAUUCAAAACUGAUCACCUGAAAAUGAGUUUUACAUAAAAUAAAUGAGGAAGUUCCCUCCGUCAUCUAUUCUACAUUCAUUUUACUGGGAAUGAACAGGGUAAUGUUUAGUAAGAAGUGAAAUCCAAACACAGCCAUGUCAGCAAAUCACCACUGGUAGCUUACCAUGCUUAACCCAUAGCCCCACUGUAAAGUAUAUCACAACACUAGAAAUCUUCCUUUUUCUUCUCUUCUUGUCCUUUUAUCAAAAUAAGUUAUUUUCAUUGUUAACAGUUGCUUUAUUGUUGACAUACUUUAAUUUAUUUUCCAUAGAACGUUCAGUGUUGCUGAUGACUUGGAUUCUGCUAGCAUUGCAUAAUAGAACAUACUGCUUUGGUUUACCUUAGCCUUCUGCUUUUGUUUCUAGUAUAUUGCCCACCGAAUCCUUAUAAAUAAAAAUGUCACCUGACAAAAUAAGGCAAAACCCCCUGCUUACAGGUUGCCAAGAUAUAUAAAGUUGUAUUAUUUCUUGAACAGAAAAUUUCACACGACAUCAGCUGUUUGCAGCCAUUCCAUAAUAAACAGUUUAGCGUAUACAUGAUUGCCAUCUUUGCAGUUUACAUGUAAAGACUGAAAUCUGAACAUUUUAUUCUUCCUUCAAAAAACAUGCGAAUGGAAGAGGCCACCUACACCACAGAAUAUUUUCCUAUCUCUGAGCUGUCACAUGAAAUGACCAAACAGAAAUUUAUUGUCAAUCUGUAGAGAAAAGGGAAGAGCACGUGUCAUCCCUGUCACUGAGAAACAGUUCUCACAAGCCAUUUAUGCAGACUGGAAGCUGAAUUAUAGUGUAAGGCCACCUGCUCAUUUGGUUGAGAUAUGUGUUCUACAUCACACAGCCAUGCAUACACAUUUAUAGAAAAUUCUGGGACAUCCUGUCAAAAGUCUUCAUUCUUUAAAAAUGUAUAUAACCACAUAUGUCACAUCUCAAAUCUAAACCAAAUUUUAAAGUUUAAAUUAUGUACCCGGCCUAUAGACCUAUAGCUGUCAGUGAAUAAAAGAUGCUUAUGGCAAUAUCUACUUAUUAUUAAUAUGCCAUUGCUGACAUUUGUAAUAUUUUGCAACAUCACUCACAUUCACAGUACGAUUCAUAGCAGUAUAGUGAAGUAUAACAUAACUAACUGCUAGCUAAGACACAAAGUUUCUGAAAAGACAGCAGUGUAUUAAUUAAUGAGAAUAUCUGCUUCUUCAUGUGCCUGGACUAUUUACAGCUAAAAAGGAAUUCAGUGUCUUGUGGGCCAUGCAUGAUAUAUUACCUGUUUGCAUUAUUCUACUGCAAACAAUUGUAUAUCUGGAAUGAUUAUCAUGUUUUAUAUACAGAAUGUCUAAUCAGAACAUAUGAUGGAGAGGUAGCUGGUUUUAAAAUGUAUUUGUAUAAAAAAUGUGUUUCUGUCCUGCACCCUACAAAUAUAUGUUUAUUGAAUGUUAUGCUGAAAACAUAAGCUAAAAAAAUCAGUAUUUCAAGAUACGGUGUAUGUAUAAUCACUCCACUACCAAAGGUGAUUGUAGUAGGCCAGUGAAGAAAUGCUCUGGUAUUUGAUGGCAAAUAAUAUUAAUAACUAAUGUAUUAUUUUGCAUCUUGCAUAUCUGUGAAGUCUACCUGUUAUAUAAUUCAGGUGUAUUAUAACUAAUAACCUCAUAUGUUAACAAUAUGGAUUUUAAACUAGUCUGUGGACACCAACUCCUGUCUCUCUGACAUCGGUGGAACAUUUUUUAGUGACGAGACCUAUCACUAUGACUUAAUGCUGUGCAUUUUAUCAGUUACUAAUGUACAGUAUGCUUUCUGCAUUUUAUACAUUAUUAAAAGACUGUCAGUCUCAUAGAAUCCAUCUCAAGAGGAACCAGAAUGUAUAUCCUAGUUAACUAAAAUGCACAUUAUUUGAAAUAAAAUGCACAUGUUAUAUGAAUGUUUCUGAGUUGUAUUUAAAUGUCUCAUAAUUUGUAUAUAUAAACAAGGAUGUUCCUCACAUCA